UUAACCGCAGCCCCCCUCGCAGGGAGCGCGGCCGGAACCUUCUUCGCGCGGCCGCACGGGAGGUUUUCAGCGCCGGAGCAGGCGGCGCCGGAAGCUGGCGGCGGGUGCGCUGACGGCCGCGGCAUGGCGGGCGGGGGGCUGCUGAGCCGGCUGGUGGGCCGGCUGCGGGCCGCAGCGCCAGGGAGGCCGCUCUGGGCGGCGGCGGGGGCUUCUGGCGGCAGGGGACAGCUGGGCUUUGUAGUCAGGCACGUUAACAGUGUAACGUGGUGGCAUGAGCAUCUUUCUGAAGAGAACGUCCAGUUCCUCAAGAAGGUAACUGCGGAGGAGUACAAAGCUCAGACAGCCAGCAAGCUGUGCCCUCUGAAAGAUGAGCCAUGGGCACUGAAUGAGUGGAAACCAGGUUCUGUCAGAGUUGGUGUUGUUGCAGUAAAGCUGGGAAUGAUGCCAAUAUGGACCAAGUCAGGAAAAAAACAUGCUGUCACACUACUUAAGGUGCAAGAUUGCCAUGUUUUAAGAUACAUUUCAAAAGAAGAGUCAGGGGGAAAAACAGCUAAGCUACUUGUUGGAGGCAAAAACACAUCUCCUUUUUCUGUAUCAGAGGCUGCAAUGGAAAUUUUUAAAGAAGCUGGAGUACCACGGAAGCAGAAAGUUACAACAUUUAACGUAACAGAUGAUGCCAUAAUUAAACCAGGUACUCCUUUGUAUGCUGCUCACUUCCGCCCAGGGCAGUUCGUGGAUGUUACUGCAAAAACAAUUGGUAAAGGAUUUCAAGGUGUCAUGAAGAGGUGGGGAUUUAAAGGUCAGCCUGCAAGCCAUGGCCAGACAAAGACUCACAGACGUCCUGGAGCAAUAUCUACCAAUAAAGCUGCUAAAGUUUAUCGUGGAAAGAAAAUGCCUGGUAAAAUGGGCAAUAUCUAUAGGACAUCUUUUGGAUUAAAGGUGUGGAGGAUCAACACAAAACAUGAUAUUAUUUAUGUAAAUGGGUCUGUUCCAGGUCACACAAAUUGUCUGGUGAAGGUCAAAGAUAGCAGAUUGCCUACUUACAAAGACUGCAAUACAAACCCUCCAUUCCCUACGUUUUUUGCUGAUGGAGAUGAAAAACUACCAGAAGACCUGUAUGAUGAGGAGGUUUUCCAGUUCACAGACCCAUCUGUCACAUAUGCAUAAAGUUCUUCACAGCUUCAAAAACACACAAUUUUGUUAUUUUCACAAACUUUGCAAUGUUGUAUAAAAAUAAACCUAUGAAUUGCAGUCUUGCCAACUGACUUGAACACUUCAGAUAUUGCCAUUUUGGUCAGGUAAUAAGAUUUACCGCUGUCAGUUUCAAACCUGUAUUUACAGCAGCAGGUGAGGCCGAGGGACAACUUGUGAAGCACGCCAGAUAGUUUGUCUUCAGUGAUCCUCUGUCCUCUGUCUCGGGCUGUGAAAACUUAGACAUUUCUGAAAAACUUGUUUUGAAGGUGGUUCCAUUUAAUUUUCUAAAUGCUACCAAACUCUGUUUUUCUUUUGUGGAAAGUAUUCUGUCCAACUCUGAGCAAUCAAAAAAGCUUCCAAAUCUGCUUCUGGGGGGAUCCAUGAAGAAUAAUCCAAAAUAAAACAAGAAAAUGCUCUGUAGCAGCA